CUUAAAAUACAAAAAUCUUCCGUCGCCCUCGAGGACUGGCGGUGAAGACGAACGUUCGCCCAAUCACGGCCCGUCGCAUCCUUCGCGCGCACCUUACCAGCAAAUUCGAUCACAAGCAGGAAAGCAAAAAAUAAUCUGGUGUUGUAGCCGUCCGCGAUGUCUACUGUCAAGCUGAGAGGCAUAUCGACGGUUGUCCUCGACAUCGAGGGAACGCUGUGUCCGAUUUGGUUUGUAGCACGUGUGCUGUAUCCCUACGCAACAUCGAACCUGCGCAAGGUCGUGACCAGUCAGUGGAAUGAGGAAGCGUUCCAGCCCUACAAAGCAGCCUUCCCAGAUGACGUACGAGAUGCACCCGAAUCUGUGAUCAGUCACUGUCAAGCGCUUGCGGCAAAAGACAUCAAAGAUCCUGCAUGGAAAAAGCUGCAAGGCCUCAUCUGGCGACAGGGGUACGCCGACGGUGUGCUUGCCGUGCCGUUGUUUGGGGAUGUUACGCCUCGAUUGAAGGCGUGGCGGCAGGAUGGAUAUCUCCUGGCCAUAUUCAGCUCUGGCAGUGUGGAGGCGCAGAAGCUGUUCUUUAGGUACAUUGAUCCGAACGCGGACCUGUCGCAAAGCAAGGGCGAGAGUGAUGACGACAAUGUUUUGGAAGGAGCAUCAGCCAAGACCGAAGGUAGAGCGGGCGAGGCACUGACGGCGGGAGACAAGCAGAUGGCAAGCGAGGUUACGAAGGAAGGAGCUGCCUCGGCGAAAAAGAGCUGGGCUGAUCCUGAGCUUGCCGCGGAAGCAGCAGGGAAAUCUCAGAAGCAAGUUCAAACCCAAGAUCUGAGCGGUUUGUUCGACGCCAAUUUCGACACCGUCAACGCGGGCUCGAAAGUUGUGGCCGAGAGCUACACGAAGAUUGUCAAGGAGCUGGGCAAAGACGCCGGCGAGUGUCUCUUCUUGAGCGAUAAUGUCAAAGAGAUUGCUGCCGCGAAGGAAGCGGGUCUACACGCCAUCCUUGUUGACCGGCCUGGAAAUGCAGCGCUCUCCGAGGAAGACAGGCGUAACUUCGACGUCGUUGAGAGCCUUGACAUGGUCGAACUCACCAAGAGGCCAUGAGCAAGACACGUUGAUGGAUCGAUGUGAGACAUGGACUAACAGAUCAUUUAUGCCCGGCGUCAGAAAAAAGUCUGCAUAAUAUAUCACAAAUGAGGGAGCAACUGUUUCCAGCUCAAAGUUCUGAUGGCUCUUUGUCAACACCCCUCCACUUGAUUUUCUCCGUGAAUACGUCUGCACCGCAAGAUGGCGAAAUACAUAAUUUCAUGCAUAAGUCUGCACCUCGGUAUGCGUCCGACAAACCUAUUCAUCUAGUCUUUCUUAAAUGAGUGUCUGUGCCGUAGCAG